AUGGCCCACAGAAAAGCUGCGCCUACUCUGACUGGAGACGCGACAGCUCAGGAGGAUGGACAUGUCCGAGAACCAAGCCACGAGCUAAUUGAGAUUGUGGAUGACGGUGUGACACACGAUGACGUCCUUGAUGCUAAAGUGGAGUACUUCAAGUCUGUGGGUUCCGAUGCGGCUUUCUAUCUCGGGAAUCUGGACAAGAUCUUGGAGCACCACUUCAGAUGGAUGAAUAACCUGCCUCGGGUCAAACCUUACUAUGCGCUGAAGAGCAACACGACAGAACCAGUUGUUCGCAUGCUCAACGCUCUGGGCACCGGGUUCGACUGCGCCAGCAAGCGAGAGAUCGAGAUGGCCUUGGCCAUCGGUGUGCCGCCUCACAAAAUCAUUUACGCACACACCAUCAAGUCCAAGUCCCACCUCAAGUAUGCCUACGCCCAAGGUGUGAACUUCCUGACGUUCGACAACGAGGACGAGCUCAAGAAGAUUGCCUGCGUCUGUCACAAAGCGCGGAUAGUGCUGAGGAUUGAAGUGGACGACUCCAGCGCGAUGAUCAAACUGAGCAAAAAGUUUGGGGCCAGCAUGGACAAGGUGCCCUCCCUCCUGGAGACGGCCCGCAAGCUGCACCUCAACGUCGUGGGCGUGAGCUUCCAUGUGGGCGUGCUGUGCGAGGACACCUCCGCCUUCACGAAGGCCAUCGCAGAUUCCCGCACCGUCUUUGACAUCGCAACAGCGAUGGGCUUCCACAUGGAGCUGGUCGAUAUUGGAGGAGGAUAUGACGGAAAAGAUACAAACAAAAGAUUUGAGAAGGUGGCAGAGGUCAUCAACACAGCGCUGGACAGAUACUUUCCGCCCAGUAGCGGCAUCCAGAUCAUUGCUGAACCCGGCGGCUUCUACGCACAUUCCGCCUUCACGCUCUCCGUCAACGUCAUCGGCAAAAAAGUGGAGCGCAAUGGUGAGAAUUCAGUGCCCGAAAUCAAAGGAAUGACCCUGAGAACUAUGGCUUUGACAGAGCCAAUCAAAACCCUGCAGAUGAUUGUCCACCUUCUGUACCCCAUGAUGUGUUUACCCCAGUUAGAUAGAUCAGUGAGGUGUCGAGAUACCAAUGGCGAAAAGAGUAUGGCAUACUACCUGAAUGACGGAAUCCAUGGCUCCUUCUCUAUCGUCUGGAACCAUCCCGGCUACCUGCUCAUCGAGCCGCAUCCUCACAGGGCCGUGGAGAUCGGCGAGCCAAUGUACCCAUCUGUCCUCUGGGGUCCGACAUGCGACAGCAAGGACAAGAUGGUGGACGACCUGAUGCUCCCCGUGCUGGACAUUGGCGAGUGGCUCCACUUCAGCAACUUCGGCACAUACUCCAUCACCCCGCAGAGCGACUUCAACGGCAUGGAUCACCCCGAUAUCUACUUCUACAUCACCGACAAGACCAUCCGGUCUCUUGCUAUGCUAGUGAAGGCCAGCGACAAGCUACGGAAGGAUGCAGAGUAG